AUUGAACACAGACAGGCUCGGAUUGCAGAGGAAAGCAGAGAAGAAGGAGCACGGAGGUACCAGCCUUCCGAAAUUCAGCACUCCUCAAACUGCUCAGUGUCUCCUGGGAGGAAAGCCCGCCAAACCAUGGCCCUUCCACGUCCUGAGAAACACAACACCCGCUCCUGCAUGUCUAAACGGAAGGCACCCCGGAUACAGGCUACACGCUGCCGGCGGGACCAACCUCGCUCUCAAACCAGGCAUACUGCCAGCCGGGACAUCACUCGCAGAACCAAGCGGGACCGGAGUGCUAGGAACUGCAAAGGUGCCCGCGCAGAGGCCUGGGGCCAAUGUUUUGGCAUGAUCUGGACUUCCCUGCUGUAUCUCACUUCACGCCUGCCGACAGUGGGGAUAGGCUGA